CCCGUCCGGAUCCACAUCUUCCUUCGCGCCGAUAGUGGGAGAGAAGAGACGCGCACACACACACGCACCAAAAAAAACCCAAAAAUCCCCCAAAACCACACUUAGCGGAAACUUGUCAGAGAAUGCUCCUAAAGUCUGGUUUGCUGCUGCUGCUGGUGAUCAGUGCGUCCGCGUCCUACGAAGCCGAGCAGAAUGACUCUGUGAGCCCCCGGAAACCCCGGCUCGCAGCCCAGAACUCAGCCGAGGUGGUUCGCUGCCUGAACAGUGCCCUCCAGGUGGGCUGCGGCGCCUUCGCCUGCCUGGAGAACUCCACGUGUGACACCGAUGGCAUGUACGACAUCUGCAAGUCCUUCCUGUACAGCGCUGCUAAAUUCGACACUCAGGGAAAAGCUUUUGUGAAAGAAAGCUUGAAAUGCAUCGCAAAUGGAGUUACAUCCAAGGUUUUCCUUGCCAUCCGGAGGUGCUCCACUUUCCAAAGAAUGAUCUCUGAAGUGCAGGAGGAGUGUUACAGCAAGUUGGACAUGUGCGGCAUCGCGAAACGGAACCCCGAAGCAAUCACCGAAGUUGUCCAGCUUCCAAAUCAGUUCUCAAACAGGUAUUACAACAAGCUGGUGAGAAGCUUAUUGGAGUGUGAUGAAGAGACUGUCAACACCAUCAAGGACAGCUUGAUGGAGAAGAUUGGUCCCAACAUGGCAAGCCUCUUCCACCUGCUGCAGACGGAUCACUGCUCGCAAGCCCACCCGCGAGCAGACUUCGCCAGGAGACGUAUCACUGAGCCUCAGAAGCUAAAACUCUACUUCAGGAACCUCCGAGGUGAGGGGUCCGUCCCAGCCCACGCCAAGCGCGCCUCUUCCGAAAGUGCGUAACCCCGCCGGGUCGCGCGAAUGGGUGUGUAAGGGAUGCUAAGCACUACCAAAGCUGACGUCUCUCUUCUAGAAGAGUAAUGCACCCAAACCAAGUGUACUGUAGCUAGUUUUAAUAACGACUAGGAACUGGUUUUAGAUUUAGUCAUUGAUAUUUUCUAUUCCUCUUGAACAAACUUUUGCAUGGAUCUGUGUUCAGUGUCUCAGCUUUCCAGCCGUCAGAGUGUCUCCAUCUCUUUUUCUUUUCCCCCAGGAAAAAAUAUCCAAAACGAUCUUAGUCUUAAAUAUAACCAUACAGUAGUCAGGCCUUCAGACAACAAACUCAAAAUGUACUGUAGCGCUAGCACCAUUGAAGUCUGAAGAUUUGGCACCGCGGAGAAUAGCUUAUUCUCCCUCGUAGUAAGCUGGUAGGCGAUGAUAGAUGCACUAACAACUAUUGCACAUCCUGAAGAUGGCAAUGGAAUUCGUGUUAUGAAUCUGUGCUGGCCAUGGACGAAUAUGAAUGUCAUAUUCCAGGUCUCUUAGUGUCCUACAGUCCUAAUCCUUCCACUGCAGCUCCUCUAGCUGGUUAAUUUACCAAACUUGCUAGCUGUGGGUGGUUGUAGUUACCGUGAUCUGGCACCACAGUGCAAAAUGAGCUAAAGCCACCUCUCCCCCACCCGCCCCCCCCAAAUCAGCAGAGGAGCAUUUUGUACUGUGGAAAUCAGUAAAGGAAGUGCCGGUCUAUGGGUAAAGCUAGUCAGAAGGUUACAUAAUCUUGCAUUGUAUUUAAAAGCUAACAUCUAUGUACUGUAUUUAAUUGUCUAAAGCUUUAAAAGAAACCUAACACAAACAAACCCUUUCUUAAGACUAGAGUAUUAAAGGUCUUGCUCUAACUGUGGUAUAAAUAGUUUUAAAAUCUGUCAUGUACUGUACAUAAAUUCCACAAGAGUCUGCUUAAAAGAAGCAGAAUAUAAUAACUUUAUUGCAUAAACUUAGUUUUGUAAGUUAGCUAUUUUUUUUUCCUGGAAACAGUAUCUCUGUCAUAUUCAAAAGUUCGCAUUCUACUUUGUGGCCUUUUUAUAGUGGAAGAGAGAAGAUGUUUAAGACAGAAACGAUGAAGACAGGGCCAGAAACAAGCCUCUCUUUUCAUAGGUAACGUGAGUUGAGACUGGCCAGUCCCGUCUCCGCAGAGCUGCCGUGAACCUUUAACCGUACCCAAGGCAGAGCCCUGCAGGAAAGCUGCUGGGGGCGUUAUCAAAGGCGGACAGAACAACUGCUUUGGCAUCUCAUAGCUGCCACGGGGAGUAAAAAUUUCCUUAAAAAGGCGAUUUCUGGGGAAAGGCAGGUUUUUCCUGCAGCUCUCUUGAACUCUGAACGUGAAACAACGUGCCUGUCUUUAAAAGGACACACGCAGCACGGCUCUGGCAUCUGCCUUUGCUCAGGCGCAGGCCUGCAGC